CUUUAGCGGAAGUGUUUGUGUAUGUGACAUUAUGUCUUUCUCUUUCUACAUUUAGUACAUGGAGGAACAUUGGAAAGUGAGCAGCAAUUAUUUGCUUGCGUUACCUUUUAUAUUUUGUAUGAUCGUGAUGUGGUGCUUGUGUCUCAUAUUUGGUUUUAUAGCAGCUUCUAUCGGACCAUUUUGCUAUCGAAAAUUUUGCGACGAAGAUCGUGCUCAAUGCACAGAAAAAGACGGAAAUGAAUCGAUCGAAAGUGUAUCGCCACAGGUUCAUAUCAAGAUAUCGCAUCCCCAUCGAAUGUGUGAACUCUCGAAUGAUAUAUUCUCGGAUACUUGUGACAGUAGACAGAAUUUUAACGAUCUUAGUGAUGGGAAGGAAAUGAAACAGGUAGUGCAAGACACGAAACCGGUUUCCUCGGAAGAACCACAAGUUGUUCCUGUCAUUCCACCCCUUAAUCGUCGGAGAUUAUCGGGGAAAAUUUGGUCAUCUGCGUUAAAGAACCAACUGGAAAAUAUCACAAAUGCAUCUUCCGAUAUGCAUGGUGGGUCAUUGAAGAUAGUACAGGCACAAGUUGAGGCACGACCUGUAACUUCUGUAUCAGAUAACUGUGAGAUUUUGGACUCGACAACGUACAAACCAGUUCAGCAUGAAUUUGCCAUUUCUGCUGGUCUAGACAGCAAUCAUAAUUACUUGAAUGAUGAGAAAGCAAGGAGACCGUCAUCGAUAGUGAAGAAGUUGAAGAAUUUAAAGACGUUAAUUUGGACAAGAGGCAAUAAAUCGGUGUCGUUCAAGGAAUUCGAGAGCGAUGAGACGCAAAGAUUGAACCUUCCGGCUUCCACUCAGUGUGCUCCAUCAGCGCAAUCGACGAUACUUCACAAGAGCAGGAUCGUCGACGCAUCAACAUCGACGAGGAUAAGCAGGAAUACCCUAGAAACAAAGCCACAGGACGAGGAAAACAACGAAUCUUCGAAGGAACAAUUAUGUCCAGGAACAGAAGUGUUACAGGAAGUAAUGUCGUUGCUAAGCCGUCCACCUGUAAACGGAAAAUCAAAGUGUGACAUCAACAUAAGUGGCUUAGCAGUGAGCCAGUCAGACCUUUUAAGUCUAUUGUCAGCGACCGGUGAAGUUACGAUCAGCCUCGAUUAUAAGGACCGAGGUAGCUUCGAUAAUUUCCAUCAAGCUUCGUCGACGAAACAACAGCAACAAACCAACGUCAAAUAACUCGUCCCUUAACGAUUCGGUUCAGAAGUUCUGUCAAAGCAUGCCGAAAGUGUUCAAAGACUUUUCAUUCUCCAAACUUUUCGACUUGCAGGAUCAAGACAGAACGUCCAAUUUGGCGAUUCCAUAUAUUCGCGUCUCGGAUCACUCGAGAAAUGAAUCAGCGUGCAGACAGUUGUCUUAUAGAAGGAAUAAUGUUUGCAAUAAUUCUGUGAACAGAGAACAUGCUUCGUUAAAAGCAAAGAUUACCUAAGUUCAGAUCAGAUUUCAUCGUAAGGAAAGUAUACAACGCUUCGAGGAGGAACAAUUAUUUUCUUGUGAUUUCUGUGAAUCAGAACAGGAAUCUCGGUCAGGAUUCCUGAUUCAGUUCGCAGUAUCAGGGAUAAAUGGUUGCAUUAUUGUAAUAAUUCCCGUGGUUGAAACGCCGUCUUGGCAAUAUGGAAUUAGCGAUGAAAAAGAGAUUUAUGAUGUGAAGAUGCAGGGAGAGGGAUUAAUAACAUUGAUAGAAUUUUCACGUACAUAAAAGUGUACCACCAUUCGUUAGAUUCUUCGUUCAAAUUAAAAUUCUAGUUCGCGAUAGAAAUUGUAAGUAGUAUAUCAAUGAAAUAUACUGUUAAUAUAAAAAGCGUACUUUUUACUUCUUUGGAAUGAAUAUUUUAAAUUGUGAUGACAUCAAUUACACGUUUCUAAAUGUGUCUUCAUGAGCUAUUUACGAGUAACGAUAUAUUAAUUUUACGAUUUAACGAACAAUGCUCGUUUUAUAAUAAUGGACUCUUUGCUGUAAAAGAAAAAUAAAUAAACGAUAUUGAUUAUUCUUA